GGACCAAAACCAUCUUUCUCUCUCUCUCUCUAGAAUAUAGACUGUCUGUCUUCUCCAAGCUUUCCUCAUCUGCUCCCCAUCGUCCUUUUCUUCCCCCCCUCCUCCGCUUCUCGCUCUCCAGAUCUUACAUUCUCUGACUGCUCAGAGGCCGCCUACUGUGCUCGAAUGGCCGGACAGUUCGAUCGCAAUCCGUUCGAAGAGGAAGAAGUUAACCCUUUCGCUGAGCAAGGAGGUAGGGGAAAAUCAACGGGACUAUCUACUUUUAGUGGAGGUGCAUUUUUCACACCAAACCCUGGGAGUGUUCCUUCAGCUCUAUCACCACUUCCUCAUGAAGGUUUCUAUAACAGCAAUGCAUCUGUCGAUAUUCCACUAGACAAAGACAACACAACGGAUUAUAAAAAGAAGGAGAAGGAGCUACAAUCUAAAGAGGCUGAACUUCGGAAGAGGGAGCAGGAGGUAAAGCGGAGAGAAGAUGCUGCAGCUCGAGGUUCCCUUUGCUGUUUUUUCUUAUUCUUUCCUCUUGCUUCUUUAUUACAUAUAUUCAAGAUGAUUUGGUUUGUUACUUUCUUAAAUUGUAGUUGAUUUUACUGACUAAUCAAAGAUGGAAAACAUU